AUGUUCGCAGAACACCUGAACCAUCUCUUUCCCGAGCUGCAGUUCCCACUCGAGCUUGCCCGGCGAAUGCUCACUCACGCUAGUCAUCCGGCUGCCAUCUAUGGCCACAAUGCCGGGCUCAGUUUCAUGGGUCGUCGCGUUAUCUCUGCAUAUCUCUAUCUCCUUCUUUCAUCCAGUCCUCAUCUCAAACCGUCGGACGACCUCGAAGCAAUUGUGGCUCAAACCUUGAAUACUUAUGUCCUCGGGGAGCACAUAGGAUCUAAAUGGGGUCUAGGUCGAGUAAUGAGGUGGACGCCAACAUUAAAAGCAGAUAAAUCAAAAGACGCAAGUCCAACGCUUUUAAAAGGGGUCGGGUUGUACAAGGUGCAGGGUGAUGCCGUAGCUGCGGUAAUUGGUGGAAUCUUUGAACAAUUCGGAGCGUCCACUGCACAUCGUACUUUCCACACUCGAGUGCUACCACAUAUCCUCGCCAGUAAAUUUCAUGCGGGUCUUCCAGAGGCUUUCCACGAAGAUGUACGUUCUGCGUGCAAUCGGUUUGGAGGCUUGCAGGGGCCACUCGUGAUAGACAAUUCAUCAUUCCCUCUUCUGACGACGGACCCAAAACAAUGA